AUGGGCGUCUCUCUCACAUACACGCGACCUAAGCAUGUCGAUGCUCAGAGCCUUGCCAGCCAUGAGUCUGUCGCCGAGUCCAAGACGGGCGACUCGGUGCACUCUGGUACCUCCAUCAACGGAAUACCCGAGUCUCUAGCCUUUGACAACAUCAUCAACGGCGGAACCUGCCCUCCUAUGACUGUUCGCGACUUUAUGAACUACCUCAUCUAUAUUGAGCACGCGGCCGAGAACCUGCAAUUCUUCUUGUGGCACAAGGACUACGUCAAGCGCUUCGGCGGCGCCGACACCACCGACCUGUGCCUGUCCCCUGAGUGGACGCAGACCAUGGAGGAUGAGGUCGUCGCGCGCCUCCGCAAGGACACGGCCGAAAAGACGCGCCCCAACAACGCCGUCGCCUCUGCGCUGUUCAAGGGCACCGACUUCGAGAAGCAGGGCCACGACGCCGGCAGCAGCAACCCCUUCAACACACCGCCCCGGGUCUCCCACGACACCCCGGACCAGGCUUCGCUCCGCACCGCCUCGCAGGUCCCGUCCUCCAAUGGCGCCACGUACCGCUCGCAGGCCUCGGACGCCUUCCACGCCGCCGGCGCCAAGCAGCCGUUUUCCAUCCAACCCUUUCGCGAGGAGAUUAACCGCGUCAUCGCUACCUACAUCAUGGACGGCAGCCCGCGCCAGCUCAACCUGUCGGCGUGGGAGCAAAAGGCGGCCGUACAGGCGCUCGCGCACACAACGCACCCGUCGGCGCUGCGCCUCGUCGCCGCCGCUGUCGAGACGACGCUCCGCCGCCAGGCGCAUCCCAACUUUGUGCGCUGGUCCAUCUGCAACGGCAACCCGGCGCGCGUGCUGUUUGCGCGCGGCCUUGGCGUCGGCACCAUCCUGCUCGGCGUCAUCGCUGGCGUCGUGCUCUGCCUGAGCGGUGCCGGCCGCGGCUGGCGCGCCCUCACGGCCAUUGCCUUUGUCGUCGGCAUCAGCACCCUCGUCGCCGCCUACAAGGGCAUGUGCGUCGUCUUGCACGGCAUGCACCACCGCCACGUGCGUCCCUGGGAGCUCUUCACCCAGGACUCGGAGAAGGAUGGCGCGGCGAGCGUCGGCGCCUCCAAGACGAGCAUGGAGUCGUUUGACUCGUCCAAUAGCUACGAGGACGAGCCUUGGGUUGUGCAGUACGAGAAGCGCAACGUCGUCCGCAAGGUCUUUGACCGCGAGGUCUGGAUCCAGGAGCCGGCGCUGCGCCAGAUUCAGGACACCAUUUUUUAUCCAGGCCAUUCUCGCCUCACUUCUCCUUGGCGGCGUCUUGACGGCCAUUUUUGUCGCUGUUCCUGGCGGCCACCUCUUUUAAAACUGCUUUCGAGUUAG